AUGGAGCCGUUUGCAAGUGUACUCACUACUUUUGAAAAGGUAGAGCCUAAGCAAGAAAUUGAAAAAGAUGAAGAGGAGGCGGUAGUUCCGGAAAAUUAUAGUAUGCUUCCAGCCCUUGAGAAUGCUGAGUCUCAGACAUCAGAUGAUCGUCAAAAUUCAAAAUUUGCUCAGAGAGAAUCUCAGCUCUUAAUUCAAUUAGUUCGAGAACAAAUGGAUAUUUUGGACAAAAAUUACACGGAUUACUUUGCCAAUGAGAAUGAAGUAUGUCAUGGAGAUGAAGAUGACUUUAACACAAGUACAUCAAAUUUGUUAACUGGAAAAAAUAUAGGUGGGCCCUUCAAGGCACCUACAGUGGCAAGACUGAGAAUACAACCUUUUCAGCAGAAUGUUCAAUACAUCCAUUUUAGAGAAGGACUGACUGUCACAGAGAUAGUUCACUUGCUUGAAGAAGAUUUUCAAGGUAUCGUUGAUGAUUGUAGUGGUGAUGAUAUAGAAGUAGAGGAUAUUUUCAUUGCACCACCACCUGCCAACGAACUAACUUAUAAUGACAGUGGUGAUGAAGACACAGGUCUGCUGGACAAUUUGUUUGGCAUUCAAUUUGAGGGAACUGGG